AUGAGUAGUAUAGAUGAUAGAUGUCCAGUUAUACAUUUGUAUCCUUAUCUAUGGAGUUUUGUGAGGAUUUUGGCCAUGCCAAGAUUGGAUGUUACUGAGGUUGGAAGUGAAGAAAUGGAUAUUUGUUACGAGGUUGGAAGUGAAGAGAUGGAUCCUGGUCACCAGGUACCGGAUCACGAUGGCCUUCGGAAAGAUGAAAUACCUUGUGUUGGAAUGCGGUUUGAUCAAUUGCAAAUGGCUCACAAAUUCUAUGUGACAUACGCAAAGAAAGUCGGGUUUGCCACUAAGAUACGGACAACAACCUGUGAUAAGAUCACAAAUCAACCCAUUAACCAAGCUAUUCACUGUAAUAGGGAUGGGUACCGUGUGUCUCGUGUCAAAGCGUCAACGCGGAAGAACAUGAUCUCAGUCGCUGGGUGCAAGGCAAGGAUAUACGUGAAGUUUGACAAGGAGACGCAAGACUGGGUUUUCUUCAAGGUGGAGCUGAGUCACUCGCACCCAUGUUCAGCGAGGAAGGCGGUGCACUACCAUGAGUAUAGGCAGCUGACCAUGCAUGCGAAGUGCCUGAUCGAAGAUAAUGAUGAGGCUGGGAUUCGACCAAGCAAGACUUUCCUAGCUUUGGCAAAUGAGUCUGGGGGCCCAUCUAACCUGGGAUACUCAGAAAAGAAUUUACGAAACUAUAUUACAGCUAGGCUCCGAACCAGCAACGUCGACGUCGAUGUCAGAGAGAUGAUGAACUAUUUCAUGAGAAUGCAGGACAUCAAUCCAAACUUAUUCUACGCGGUGAAUUUGGACGAUCACUGUAAAUUUCGGAGUGCAGUAUGGGUGGAUGCAAGGUAUAGGGCGUCGUUCGAAUAUUAUGGAGAUGUUGUGUCACUUGAUAGCACAUACAGCACAAACAAGUAUGGAUUACCGUUUGCGUCGUUCGUCGGUGUCAACCACCAUGGUAAGUCGACCAUCCUUGGUUGUGUUCUCCUUGGAAAUGAGGAAAUCCCAAGUUAUGAGUGGGUUUUCCGCCAAUGGGUCAAGUGCAUGAGAACUGCUCCACAGUGGAUCAUCACCGAUCAGUGCAAAUCCAUUUUUUGUACCUUUUUGAUGAUCGACGCAUGUGGGUCCCAAUAUACUUCAAGGGUGAAUUUUGGGCUUCCAUGA